AUGAAAGAGCAAGGAUUCAAAACCCUAAUUUAUAAUCCUAAGCUCGUCGAGAUUCAGACGAAUUUCUGGUGGGUGAGAGCCGAGUUUGGGAAUUUGAUCGGGGGACCUGUUUGCGAAGAUUGGGCGUUGGCUUCGAACAUUUUUGUAACAUUUGGGGAGGAAAAUCAAAUGCCGGAGGAAGAUUUGGUGGAGGUGAAGUUCAGAUUGUACGAUGGAACGGACGUCGGCCCUUUCCGCUAUUCGCCGGCGGCUACUGUUGCGAUGCUUAAAGAGAGGAUUUUGACCGAGUGGCCUAAAGACAAAAGAAUUUCACCGAGGGCAGCAAACGACGUGAAAUUAAUAAGUGCUGGGAAAGUUUUAGAUAAUAACAAGACUGUUGGGGAGUGCAAGAUGCCAUUUGGGGAUCUACCUAACGGAGUUAUUACCAUGCAUGCAGUUGUACAGCCAUCUUUGGCAAAAGUGAAAACAGAGAAGAAGGUUGAUGAGAUUCCGAAGAAGCAUAUAUGUUCGUGUUCGAUAUUGUGA